CAGCACUGCUCUGAAUGCUCAAGGUGUCAUUGUCGCAGACAUUGACAGCGAUGGUGACAUUGACGUGGUUUCCGCUUCUUCGGGCGACAGCACGAUCGCUUGGUACGAGAAUCUCGGUCAAGGGCGCUUCUGCGAGGUGAAGCACGUUGUGGAUCAUCCAGCUGCCUGUGCCCGCACUGUUGUUGCUGGGGAUUUUGAUGGCGACGGGGACAUCGAUCUUGCGUCGGCGAGCAAAGAUGACAACACACUCGCGUGGUACCCGAACUCGAAUGGCCAAGGUGCUUUUAUAGAGAAACGGGUCAUAAAUGAUCAGGCGCUGGGUGCCUACAGCAUCUUCCCAGCCGACGUGGAUCAGGAUGGUCGCACAGACUUGAUUGCCGCUUCCAAUGCGGACGACACUGUCGCGUUCUAUCGCAACAGUGGCGAUGGUUAUUUCGAAAGGAUCGUCAUCGCCGACGACGCGGAUUUUGUUCUCUCCGUUUUCGCGGCCGAUCUUGACCACGAUGGAGACACCGAUGUAGCCUCCGCCAGCUACUUUGACGGCGAAAUCAGGUGGUACGAGAACAUGGGCAACUCCGUCGAUUGGACCAAGCGCACGCUCUACCAGGGGUCGCAGGGCCAUUACGUGUCAGGCGAGGACUUGGAUGGCGACGGCGAUGUAACCUGA